AUGACACAAGUCGCAGGAGGCGUCUGCAUGAUCUGCGCCAUUCAACUCUGGGAACAUUCUCCUUCCUACACACCAACACAUCCAGACAAAAAUACACCCUCGGACUGGAACCCUUUCAAAUGGAGACAAGACCACAUCCUCAUCUCAGGUCCUACCUGGCCAAUAGAGGGAAAGGGGCCUGAAUCUAUCACCAUCCCUGAAGAAAGCACUGCCAUCCAAAAGGCUCGUGUAUACAACCGCGGCCAGGCCACCAUCUCCUCAACUGGUCUUAAAGUCAACAUCCAAAUCGAAAACAUUCCUGAACAGCAUCCAGGCUAUGAUCCAGACGAUGGACCACGCUGGUAUCUUUGCCUCCACGCUGCUUGCGAGACUAUGGCGAGAAAAGCCAUGAAUACGCCCGCGAGCAAGAUCAAAACUGUAACCGAUCUGUGGAUGACGCUUGAUCGACGAUGCGUCCAGGCUUCUGAUAAUGGGACUCUUAUUCCAUUGUGUCUUCCCCAUGUUCCUAACAAUAAACCAGGCGAGCCUAUUGACUUGGGGGUCGGAAGAUAUUACAUCCCAUGGCAAGCUGUUUGUACUGAGGAGUCUAUCCUUGAUGACUGGUCGCAAGAAUGGUGGAAUUAUAACCCUCUCGACAUACCUCACUUGACAGAAGCACUAAUGUCAAAUCUUGAGCUAGUAGAAUCCUCGUCAACUCAUGACCACUUUGCUGCUAGUUUCAACAAUCUACCUCCUGAGAUCGAAGACAUCAUCACUUCUUUUCUGACAGAUGGCAACCCAUCUCUAGAGUGCACUUAUCUCAUGCCCCAAUCCUGGUGGAAGGAAAUUCUGUGUCAGGUUCCCUUCCUAUGGGAUCUCGAGAACGACAUUGUGAAGGCAAAAGAACAAGAAGCUGUAUCUGGUUUAUUCGAGUGGAACUGGGAGAAGCUUGUCAGACAGCUCCUGUCUGAGGUCCCCAUCUUUGUCUCUGACAAUGACGAGGAGAACGAGCUCGAGAAUAUUUGGAGCUACCAGACAGUUGGGCUGACUGUUCCGCUGGGUUUCACCAACAGAAGACGAAUCUGGCAGGUUCUAGUUGACAUGUAUCCCAAUGAUGUGGGAAUGGUUCAUUUUUUGGAUGAGGAAGAUUAA